GACGUGGGGAGGUCUCCACAGAGCAGGGGACGCCUGCGUGUGUUCACCGGUGGAAACGGGAAGGGAUCUUGAGCCUCGAGCAGCGUGAGCCAACUGCAAGGAGUGAAGAGUGGUGUAACUGGAGAAUUAUGACCUCAAGGUUCUGGGAGGCGGGUGUGAGGCUCUCUUGAAACAACAGCCCGGGGCCAAGUGGGAAGGGGUCUGGUGUCCCCAGUGCUGAGGUGCAGACCUCACCUGGACGUGACCAGGAGUUGCCUGAUGGUUUCCAUAGCCCACCAGUGAACGUGCUGACCAGCAGCCAAGCCAAGUAGGGCUGAGGGGAGGAAGGAUUGGAAAAAAGAUGCCAGUCGGGAAGCCUUUGCAGUAACCUGGAGAGAGAGGAUGAGGACCAAAUGCAGGUGGAGAAGAGCGAGAGGGCAGAGUUCAUAACUGUUUGGAGGAAGAGUCAUUAGGGCUUGGGGAGAGAGGCGUGGGGAUGAUCAGAAUUGGCCCGAGGAACUGUAUCACUGGUGAAGCCCUGAGCUGGUCAGGGCUGCAGGAGCCAGUAGGGGUGGGGUAGGGGCAGGGCUAAGAGGGAAGAUGCAGAGUUUAGAUUUGCAGAUUAAAGGUGCCUUUGGGAUUUCACGGAGUUGCCCACAGGGCAGUUGGAAAUACGGGUCCAGGCUCAGGAGUCAGAGCUGAAGUAGGGUGACUUUAGGAUUUAGAUGGUGGUUUUGAACUUGGACUGCCCAAGGAGAGUAUGUAUAGGAAAAAAGAAAAGAAGAAAGAGGAAGUGGCUGACAACACAUCAGAGAAUAUGGCCUUAAGGGCUGGCGGGUUUCAGGGUAACCUGUGCUUUGACAGGAUGGAGUGAAUAGAGCACCUGCCAGCAAACACUUAAGGGUCAGGUGGAGGAGGAGGAGCUGCCAGAGAGACUUAGGUGAGAAGAGGCGAGUCAAAGAGCAGAACGCCACUGGGGGAGGUGCCAGGCCGUGGGGGCCCCACCGCCGGGCGGGUGCUGCUCGGGGUUCUGGUGGAGUGGCUUUUGGGGCUCAUGACUCAGCUCACUGGCGUCAGUGAAAAUUGUUUCUUCUGCUUUCUGGAUGUCAUCUUGCUUCCCGAUUUUUACAUGAAAGAAUUGAUAUUUAUAGAUUUUAGGUAAUGGGAACAUCCCUUUCUUUCUAUUUGAAAAAUGAGCUGAGUAAGAGUAUAAUUGUUUGAUCAUUUUUUUUAGUUAUAGCUGUUCUUGUUUGCAGCUCAAAAGAUUUUUUCUCUCCUUCACAUGCAGAUCGUGUUCUGGAUAUAGCCAGCCAGCAACAUAUUAGAAGUUUCCUAACCAGAAGUUUUACUCUACACGGAUUCGGUUAUACUGAGGCCUUUUAAUCUGAACAUCUAGCUUUCAUUGUUGAGGUUCCUCGGUGCUGAACUAACCAGAGGGUACUUCCUUGAACAUAAUGAGGCCAAGUAUACAGAAAGAAGAGAAAGAGUGUACACUUGUAUGCGAAUACCAAGAGAACUGGAAAAGCUCAUGGUGUUUGGGAUCUUCCUGUGCCUGGAUGCAUUUCUGUACGUGUUCACUUUGCUUCCUUUAAGAGUUUUCCUGGCACUGUUCAGGCUCUUCACGCUGCCUUGCUCUGGCUUAAGGGACAGACGUCUGCUCCAGCCUGCCCAGGUGUGUGACAUCUUGAAGGGUGUCAUUUUGGUCAUCUGCUAUUUCAUGAUGCACUACGUGGACUACUCCAUGAUGUACCACCUGAUUCGGGGACAGUCGGUCAUCAAGCUCUACAUCAUCUACAACAUGCUCGAGGUGGCAGAUCGUCUGUUUUCAUCAUUUGGACAAGAUAUAUUAGAUGCUCUCUACUGGACCGCAACAGAGCCCAAAGAAAGAAAAAGAGCCCACAUCGGGGUGAUUCCUCAUUUUUUCAUGGCCGUUCUCUAUGUCUUUUUGCAUGCAAUUCUUAUAAUGGUUCAAGCAACAACUCUCAACGUAGCUUUUAACUCACACAACAAGUCCCUGCUUACUAUCAUGAUGUCUAAUAAUUUUGUUGAAAUUAAAGGAAGUGUUUUCAAGAAGUUUGAAAAGAACAAUCUUUUUCAAAUGUCAAAUAGCGAUAUUAAGGAACGAUUCACAAAUUACGUGCUUUUGCUAAUAGUGUGUCUAAGAAACAUGGAACAGUUUUCUUGGAACCCAGAUCAUCUCUGGGUGUUGUUUCCAGAUGUCUGUAUGGUGAUUGCAUCGGAAAUCGCUGUGGAUAUUGUAAAACAUGCCUUUAUCACAAAGUUCAAUGACAUUACUGCAGAUGUCUACAGUGAAUAUAGAGCCAGCCUCGCUUUUGACCUUGUUAGCAGUCGACAGAAGAAUGCGUAUACUGAUUACAGUGACUCCGUGGCGCGGAGGAUGGGGUUCAUUCCUCUCCCACUGGCUGUUCUACUCAUCAGAGUUGUUACAAGCUCAAUUAAAGUGCAAGGAAUCCUGUCUUACGCCUGUGUCGUGCUCUUCUAUUUUGGGUUGAUCUCCCUGAAAGUGCUUAACAGCAUUGUCCUGCUGGGAAAGUCCUGCCAGUACGUGAAGGAAGCCAAGAUGGAAGAAAAGUUGUUUAACCCUCCCCCAGCCGGCGCUGCGGGCAAACCGUGCAGUAAAUCACAAAGUAAAUGUAAACCCUCUCAAGAAGAAAACCUGUCUGCUUCAGUCACCAGCCAGCCUAUUCAUCAAAAGGAAAAUGUCGUACCACUGCUUGUGACAAGCAAUUCUGAUCAGUUUCUGACGACGCCAGAUGGUGAUGAGAAGGACAUAACACAAGAAAACUCUGAGCUAAAACACAGAUCCUCAAAGAAAGAUUUGUUAGAGAUAGACAGGUUCACAAUUUGUGGAAACCGAAUUGACUGAAUUCUGUGGCUCCUUGUGCCAAAGAGGCAGAGUCCUGGGGUGGCAAAUGCCGUGAUACCAGGACGGACAGAUGCUAAAAGUGUCACUUACAUAUUUAUUUAAAAACUUAAGUUAUUAAUGGAAAGCAAAUCUCAGUGUCCUUCCUCCAGUCACGUGGUCCGGCUGAAGGUCAGGUCACGUGGGCCAGCCGGCAGUGACCUCCGGCCUUGACUCUGGAAAACUUGACACGCGGGGAAAAGUUGCUCCUGCUUGGCGAAGUGGCAGAGUCACCCCCGGCCCGACGGGAGCAGCCUCAGAAUCACUUCUGCUUUGUCGGUCUGUGCUUCCAGAACAUCAGAUUUUGCCUUGAGUCCCUUUAGUAUAAGGAUAUUCCUGGAAACCUGUGAAGCUCUUACCACGGCGCUCCCUUGCCAGCCUCACUCUGUUUCCACAAGCAGUUUUCAGACAUCAUUUCAUCUGCCAAAGCGUUAAAAAAAGAAUAAACUUAAGUCAAGAUAAAUGUUCUUACCACCAGAAUAAUCUUUGAAGAUGUAUUAAUAUUCUGAAUUAAUCAGAAUAAAAGGCUACCUUAAAUAAGACAUAAUGAAUAGUAGCAUUUUAUAGGAGAAAAAAAAACCUUAAGCCAGUUUAUUUAAAAAAUAUUCAGUAAUGAAGGUUAUGCAUCACUGAGAAAAUGUUUCAUACUCUGUACAGCCAAACAUGAGCUGUGUAUUGUUUAAUUACAGUGGAUAAAAUAGAAAUUCCCUUUAUAAAAGGCACUUUUUAUACUGAAAAAGCAGAGCAGUGUUAACUUUAAUGUAUAGUUAACUGGUUUCACUUUAAAACUAAUUGCUUCAUAAAUUGUUACAGUCAAAAGGAUUUGGUGUUGAACAGGCUGUCAGUGUACAAAAUUCAAAGGUAUUAACUGGGUUUUCAAAGUAAGUUUUAAAGUCAAUAUUCUAAGUGGACGGGACAUCAUCUCUCUUGGGCUUAGAGAACGUGCUCGGCUUUCCAUCUGUGCACAUGUGCUGGGGAUGGGCAAGCUGUGUUGGGGGGGAAGUAAAUGGAGUGUUUGGUACAUGUGUCUGUGUAUGUGCGUGGAUGUUGGGAACAGCAGCUAAAAGAUAAUUUUUGGUUUUAUUUGAGAUCAAGAUUCCAUUUCUGCUUAAUUACUAGUCUGUGGCGUGCAUCAUAGGACAAGUUACUUUCCACCACAUUUUAUCUUGAGAAACCUUUCUGCAUUUUUAUGAAAAUUCUACGAUGUCUAAUUUCAGGACAUCCAGAUGUCACUGUUAACUGUUACUCCCUUUGAUGUUUCCAUUUUGAAGUUUAGCUCUCAUGCUGAUUAUUUCCGGCAUAUGACGUGCAGAAGGUUAAGUUUAGGUGAUUUGUCUAUUUCCUGGAUGAAAUGCAAAGCAAGCUUUAAUUUGGCUUGUUCAUUUGAAAAACAAAAGUGAAUUUUAAUUUGCAUUAAAGCUGAAGAAAUCUGAAGAUUAAUGUUCACAUAGGGUAAAAAGAGGAAAUUGUACAAAAACAGUUUUGUGAAACCAGGAAGUAUUUUAAGUUAAAAAUGAAAGACUUUAAAUUGCUCUGUAUGUGUCAGUGAAACCCCAUUUUUAAAUUAUUCUCUUUUCCGUCUUCUCUUCACCAUAAGGAACAGUAUCCAUGAGGAAUGGGAAUAGUCUGGGGAAAACUUGGCCAAACAUAGCCCUCAUCAGAGCAAGAAUAUGAUUUGGGUAUAUCUUCCAAUUCAGCUUGAAUUACUCUGUUGUGCUGUCAUUUUCGGGAGAUUUUUUUUUCUUUCCCAGAAUAUAUUGGGAGUUUGGAAUGAUGUUCAUUUCUUCUGUUAAAAUGGCAUUCAUUACUAAUUUUAUAAGUGCAUCUUGUGUGAAACUCAAUAAAUUCAAUUUUGUAAUCUUUUUUAAAAA